GGUCACCCCGACCCGGAAGCAGUGUGGCGCGCUGGUGGCGAUGAUCGGCGGCGGAGCUUGCGGGAGGCUCCUGCGGGGGUCAGCCUCGCGCUGGCCCCGUUGCUGGGUGCUCGAGUGCCGCCUGGGGUCGUCGUACCCCGGAGGCGGCGGUGGCGGCGGCGGCGGCGGCGGCGGACCCGCCAACGUGUUCGACCGAAGCAUGAAGAAGAGGCAGAAGGAGUGGGCGAACGCAGUCCACGACUCCCACAAGUACGACUACCUCAGAGAAGAGGUCGGCGCUCGAGUGGCGGAUCGCGUGUACGACGUGGCCAGGACCUUCCCGCUGGCCUUGGAGAUCGGCGCCGGACGAGGCUACGUUGCGCAACAUUUAAGCAAGGAGACGGUGGAGCAUUUGCUUUUGACCGACAUCUCCCAGAGCGCCCUGAGGCAGAACGCGGGCGGCGACAUGCGCUGUCACGCGCUGGCUGCCGACGAGGAGUUCCUUCCUUUCCGGGAGAAUUCUUUCCACCUGGUGCUCAGCAGCAUGAGCCUGCACUGGGUCAACGACCUGCCCGCCGCGCUCGGCCAGAUCCACGGCGUCCUGAAGCCCGACGGCGCGUUCAUCGGCGCCAUGGCCGGGGGCCAGACCUUGUACCAGCUGCGCUGCUCGCUGCAGCUGGCCGAGACGGAGCGAGAGGGAGGAUUGUCGCCGCGCGUCUCGCCCUACGCCGCCGUCGCCGACCUGGGCAACCUGCUGGGACGGGCUGGCUUCAACCUGCUCACCGUGGACACUGACGAGGUGCAGGUGAAUUAUCCCAGCGUGGUGGAGGUGAUGAUGGACUUGCAAGGUAUGGGCGAGAGCAACUGCGCUUGGAACCGCCGCUCCAUGUUGCGUCGAGACACCAUUUUGGCGGCGGCGGCUGUUUACCAAGAAAUGUACGGCGAGGAGGACGGCUCGGUCCCGGCCACUUUUGACGUCCUCUACAUGAUUGGCUGGAAAGCUCACCGCUCUCAGGCCAAAGCGGCUAAGCGAGGCUCGGCGACCGCCUCCUUUGGAGAUUUGUCCAAGAUCGGGCGCAAGGACGACGCUGGCGAGUGAAAUGUGGUGCGUUUGUGUCCAAUUGCAGAAGCCCGCUGCAGCUGUCAAGAUGUGAGCGUGAGUAGCUGGCGGAACGUUCAGCAAACGUCUCCAAAGUGGCUACCGGAGGCACUUGAUUUGUUUUUGUGUUUUUCCUUUAUCGCAUUUCUUCGCUCACAACCUGACAAACUAUUUCAACUGUGUUUUUCCUCAACCAAUGAAUAAAUGUUGGUCCGAUCGAA